GUUGGAGAGUGAGGCUUCGUGAGCAGUUCCGGGUUCUCUCCGAAUCUUUGGCUGGCUGUAUUUUAAAUAGCGAGCUCGCUAGAUUUUAACGGCAGUUGGGGCGUCCUUCUCCGGAUUCUUUGAACCAUGGCGCUUCUCAUGGAGCACCAAUUCAAACAGCUCCCUGCAGAUAAGCAUGUUGAGACCAGACCCUUUCUGGAUUCGGUGUCGUACCUUCCGCCAUUCUUUGACUGCCUGGGCUCCACGAUCUUCGCUCCGGUCAAAGCGGACAUUGCUGGAAACAUCACCAAAAUCAAAGCGGUGUAUGACAGCAACCCCACCCGGUUCAAGACCCUGCAGCAGAUUCUCGACGCGGAGAAGGAGAUGUACGGGUCGGAGUGGCCCAAAGUGGGGGCCACCCUGGCGCUGAUGUGGCUGAAAAGGGGGCUGAAAUUCAUCCAGGUCCUGCUGCAGAGCCUUGUGGACGGCGAGCGGGACGACACCAACCCCGACCUCAUCCGCGUCAACAUCACCCGCGCCUAUGAGCUCGCUCUGAAGAAGUACCACGGCUGGCUGGUCCAAAAGCUCUUCAAGGCGGCGCUGUACGCGGCUCCUUACAAAGCGGACUUCCUGAAGGCCCUGGCCAAAGGGCGGGAGGUUCGGGAGGAGGAGUGCCUGGAGAAGAUCCGGCAGUUUCUGGUCAAUUACACGGUCACGGUGGACGCCAUCUACGAAAUGUACUUUAAAAUGAACGCUGAGCUGGAAUACACCGUGUGACCCCUGACCCCCCCACCCCCCCACCCGGUCCUCUCAGCCUGUUCCACUGUGUGACCAAAGCCUUCAGCCCCCACCCCCUUCCUUUAUUAUUAUUUUUUUGGGGGGGGCUUUUAGUUCCUGUCCUGCGGUUUGCCUCAGGUUCUGUGCCUUUGCACUUUUCGGGGGGCAGUCCGUGACCCGGUUCCGGUCUGUCGGAACGGAUGACCUGCCUUUCGGUCUUCUUUUAUGGUUUUCACUGGAGUGCCUUGGCUUGAACCUGCUAAAGCAGUCUUCUCAGUAAAGGGUUUGUGCUUUAGCCCAGCGCUAACACGACUGAUUCUACUUAUGGAGGUCCUGAGGACCGUGAUUCUGCCGUGAGACUGCUCGAGCGUAGCUGAAUGAGGCGUCGAGACGGAAGCGCUGCGGUGUUCACACCCCCCUGUGAUAAAGAGAUGGGUGUGUGUUCUGAAUGCCCUGCCUAAGCCCUACUGCAGGCUGUCCUUGUUGACGUGCACAUUCACUCUAGGCCCACCCUAUUGCUGGGGUUUACGCAGUUCAGGGUGCUUUUAACCUAAAGGGCUGGAUGAAACAGCAACCGAAAUAUUAUGGGGUUUUAAAAAAAAAAAAAAAUAU